UACACCGCAUAGGCCCAGUUGAACAUCAUCUCCGAAUACUGUUUACGUGACCCUCAAACUGCCAGGGUGGAGAUCUGGACGCAAAGUUUACAUUUACUUCAAAGGAUCUAUGCUUGGAAUGCUAUGACGACUGAGGUUUGACCUCGUACCAGCAAUUGGCGAAGGCAAAUCUUGUCCUGAAGAGCGUAAAAACUGGAGGGAAAAGCUGAACCUCCCCCAAACAAAACGAUUUGGACGCAUAGCAUUGGCUUUCCAGAGAAAGAAAGAGAACUUCAAUCAUGGUGUGGACGCGGCAUCUCAGGAUAAGGAACCAGUGGGUGCGGGAAUUCUUGGCAGAAUUUCUGGGGACGUUUAUUUUGAUGGUUUUUGGAGAUGGCAACGUAGCGCAGAGCGUCCUCAGCAGCAGUGCUGCCGGUGAAUUCCUCUCCAUCAACGUUGGCUGGUGGGUUGCAGUUACCAUGGGCGUGUAUGCGUCGGCCGGAGUCUCUGGUGGCCACAUCAAUCCGGCCGUGUCUUUAGCCCUGGCUGUGGUGGGCAAGUUCAGUUGGAUCAAGCUUCCCAUGUACGUGUUGGCCCAGUUCCUCGGCUCUUUUGCCGCAUCAGCUUGUCUCUACGGAGUCUACCUCGACGCACUGAAUGCUUAUGAUGGAGGCAAUCGCACGGUAAUAGGUCCUAAAGGCACUGCCGGCAUCUGGGCCACUUAUCCCCAAGAUUUCCUUUCACUGCAGGGCGGCCUAGGAGACCAGAUUUUUGCCACGGGGCUGCUUCUGGUCUGUGUGCUGGCCAUCACGGACAAGAGGAACGACGGGGCACCCAGCGGUAUGGCAGCCAUCAUGGUUGGUCUGAGCGUGCUUGGAAUCGGUGUGAGCUUCGGUUUCAACUGCGGCUACGCCAUCAAUCCAGCGCGAGACUUCCCGCCGAGACUCUUCACCUACUGCGCUGGUUGGGGCGUUGAUGUUUGGGUCCCCAACGGAAUGCAUUGGUGGUGGGUGCCGAUCGUUGGGCCCUGCAUUGGAGCGGUACUGGGCGCCCUGUUGUACAUUCUCUGUGUGGAGGCCCAUCAUACCCCGGAAGACGAAUUGCCAAUCACCGAAGGGGAUGCAUAUGCUGUUUCUGAAGAUGUUGUGAUGAAACGCCGAGAGGAAGACGACUCUCUCUAGAGUGUCUUACACAACUUUACCCUCCAGGACUUGAAGACAAUUAAAAAUAGUUUGCUUUGGCUUAAGCAGUUUCUUCUUCGAAAGCCGGAACUUCAUAUAUAUAAAAUUAUACCUUUUUCAACAAUUUGCAAAUAAAGCUGAAAAAUGCUGCCAUCACUGCCUGGCUUUUAUUUAAGUAAACUGAUGCCUAAGUCACAGAUCGGUACCGACCUCAUGCAAACAGAUUUAAACUUCGGGAAGUUUAGCAACACAAAUCUGUAAAUAGUAGUAUUAUUAAAAGAACAGUCAUACUGCAGCUACUCUCACGCAUGUCUCCAACAAUUCACCUUUUACCUGACACGAAGUAUGUUAUUUAGGUAGAGUAGCAUGAUUGAACUUUCUUAAGUAAACUUUUUUAAAAAACAAAUGUAAGGUACGCCAGGUAACAAACAGUAAGAUGGGUAGUUAGAUUCUUUGAUGGCUACAAUUUAUAUGUAUUAAUGUAGGUUUUAAGUGACAAAACAUGACCACACUUGUGUACCUUACAAAAAAUUGAAGGUUAUCUUUUAGCGCUGUGCACAAAAACAAAUUAAUCAUAACAUUCCUGGAAAAGUACGGGUGCAUAUUUAUAAGAAAUUAUUCCAGCCCAGAGGUCUUUAUAAAAAAAUCUUACUGGUUAUCAAUGACGUUUCCAACAACGGACAUUCCAGUUAGCCCCGCCCCCUGCGUGCUUCUCUGUCGCAGAUUGGUUGGAAGACCACGAUGGAUGGGGUUUAAUGGUUCAGUUCUUUAUCAGGAAAUUUAUACGUUGAUAAAUUGGCUAAUGAUUCAGUCUAGGAAGAACUUAAUCUUGGUCCGACAUCACCAACCCUGUUCGCUAAGAUCUCCUUCGACACGGAGAAGACAAUUAUUCACCAACCAUUAAUUUCGGGUUCAUUUCAUUGCUCAAGUUAUUAGCAUGUCCCUUCCAAUGUUGAUUUAAGAAGUCGGAAUUCCUGUAGUACUGAGACCGUGGACAGUAGGGUAUUAAAGGCCUACUGAAUUUAUUUCAGAUAUCGAAAUUACUUCGAUUGAAAUAAAAGUUCUGGACCUUGAAACGUCCAGUAUGUUCA